AUGACUACUGAGGAGAGUUUCGUAAUGUUGGUUCACCACAGAGGAUCCAUUAAAAGGAAAACUCGUUCCAGUGUGAAGUUCACUGAUAAGGAUCCUCUGUGUAUGAUCGUCAGGCCUACGACGAGGUAUGAGGACCUUGUUAGCUCUGUACUGCUGAAACUUGGUCUAGAAGGUAUGAAACGGGUUAAGAAGUUUUUCUAUCGCAUUCCAAUCACGAUGCUCCAGGAAACCAUUAAGUAUGAUUGUUUCACGAUCGGGAGUGAUGAGGACUUGCAGGUCAUGUUUCAUUGUCGCCGGCAGUUUCCAGAGGUGAGAACACCAGAACUGUUGGCAAAGUUGGUUGACGUGGUAUCCAGCUCGGGGGGUUCGAACCGGCAUAGCACCACUUUAGCCACGGUAGCCGGUUCUAGCUCCAGACCUGCUGUUGCUUCUUCCUCCGUCCCUGCGUACGAGCCACCCGUCCAACCUGUUGCCUCCCCUUCGUUCGCUGUUGAUCUCAACGGCAGUGUAGGCGACGAGGUCAGAACAAGAGAAUUUCCGCAAACCUCUUUACAGUGUGCUGCACCGGCUGGGGUUGGAGAUGGAUUUUUGGAUGACCCAGAUGACGAUGAUGUCGAGCCGGAUAUGAUUGCUGAUGACAGUGGCGAUGAUGUCGGAGCAAGUGAGCCUGCUGGGGCGGGCGGUGGUUCUAGCUCUGGCACACAGCAGUACCCUCCACAUUUUUUCUCUUUGGACUUGGAUGCCAUGAGGCAGGAGGGGGUUCCUGGGCAGCCGGCUGGAUUUGGCGCUAGAGAUGGCGAAGGGUCUGCAGGUCUGAAAGAGUUUCAGAUUGGUCAGCAAUUUCGGGAUAAAGAUGAGGCCCUGUUAAGUGUGAAGACUUACAGCAUCCGUCGAGGGGUACAGUACAAGGUCGUGGAGUCUGACUAUCGCCGGUAUGUGGGCAAGUGUUCUGAGUUCGGGAAUGGGUGCACCUGGUUGAUUCGCCUGAGUCUCCGACAGCGCAAGGGCCCUUGGGAAGUCAAACGCUACAACGGACCGCAUACGUGA